AAAUCUGAGAUAUUAAGGUAUGUAUCAGUAUAUUUGCAAGAAUAAUUACUAUUUAGGAAUUUUGUUUCUCUUCUAUAAAGUGAUAAGUCAAAAUGUAAUGCUAUUAUUUUAUAGCAAAAAAACAAUAUACAGGUAUAGAACAAGGAACCAGGCCAAUUCAAAAAAAAAUUGAAAUCAUUGAGUCGGGAAAUGCUCUGAAGGAAAUAAAUGAAAAUAAAACAAAAGAGGACUAUAUUGAAGCUGAAAAUCGCAAAGAUACAGAAAUAAGCUAUGUGAUAGAAAAUUUCAAUGAAGAUGAGCUUAAAGAUUCCCCUGACCCUAAUAUUUUAGAUGAGUCAAAUAUUGUAGUUGAUAACGCGACUGAAAAUAGAACAACCCAAAGCCCUGCCUCAUCUUGCUCGACAAAUGAAGGAAAAGAACAAUAUACAGGUAUAGAACAAGGAACCACGCCAAUUGAAAAAAAAAUUGAAAUCAUUGAGUCGGAAAAUGCUGUGAAGGAAAUAAAUGAAAAUAAAACAAAAGAGGACUAUAUUGAAGCUGAAAAUCUCAAAGAUUCAGAAAUCAGCUAUGUGAUAGAAAAUUUCAAUGAAGAUGAGCUUAAAGAUUCCCCUAACCCCAAUAUAUUAGAUGAGUCAAAUAUUGUGGUUGAUAACGAGACUGAAAAUAGAACAGCCCAAAGCUCUGCCUCAUCUUCCUCGACAAGCUCGCCAUCGUCAUCUCGCUCAUCUUCCUCGAGCAGUUCAUCAUCGUCAUCCCGCUCAUCUUCCUCAAGAAAUUCAUCGUCAUCUCCCUCAAUCGAAAGUGAGCCUUACGGUUCAGAUGAUAGCGUUCAAGACCCUACCUACAACACAUCUUCAGAUUCAGAUACUGAAAACAGAGAGCCUCUUGAAAUACAGGUUAAAAAAAAAAGAAAAAUAAAAUAUCCGUGUACCAAGGAGCGAAUUGGUAAGAAAAGAAAAGUGGACCCCAAAAUUUGGCAAAAGAAUUUAGCAAAAAAACUCAGAAACAGUGGAGAGGGUUAUGUAUCUCUGGGCCUAGUAAAAAAUCAAGAUGGUAGUAAGCACGUGGUAAAAAAACAACGUCCACCAAGAAGACUUUUACCUCCAUGUGGUAAUAAAUGUAAGCUAAAAUGUUCUGAAAAAUUACUUCAAGACAAAAGAGCUAAGAUAUUCAAAGAUUACUGGGAAUUAGGUGAUAUCGAGAAGCAAAGAGAAUUUAUUUCUUCUAACAUGAAAACUGUCGCACCAAAAUACAAAUAUAGUAACGCUGAAAAUCCUCGACAACCGAAUAAUGCUUACUAUUUUGUAGUUGAUGAUAAAAACAUACGUGUUUGCAAAUUUUUUUUUAUGGCGACUUUGUCAAUAAACAAUAGAGUAAUACAAACUGUUAUAAUGAAACAGAAGCAUUGCGAAAGUGGAAAAGUAGUAGCGAGUGACAAGCGGGGAAAACAUGGGAAUCACCACAAAGUUGACGAGGAAAUAAAAAAUGGUAUAAGACAUCACAUCAAAUCAAUACCGCGAGUUGAAAGCCAUUAUUGCCGCUCACAUUCAAAAAAAGAAUACAUAGAGGGAAAUAAAACAAUGGCAGACUUACAUCGCGACUAUAAGAAGUUGUGUGUAGACCAAAAUACGGCAGCGGGAAAUUACAUUAUGUAUUGUAAAAUUUUUAAUGAAGAAUUUAAUAUUACUUUCCACUUACCCAAAAAGGAUCAGUGCGAAAUAUGUUUGCAAUACAAAAUUGGCAAUGAAGAAGAGAAACAGGGAUUAACAGAAAAGUAUGAGAGACACAUUAUGGAAAAAGACUUAAGUAGGCUAGAAAAAGAAGGCGACAAAAAUGGGGAUGACUCUACAAAAGUAAUAGUGUAUGAUUUGCAAGCAGUCCUACCUUGCCCUACUGGAGAAGCCUCUUCAUUUUAUUAUGUUUCUAAGCUUAAUGUUCUUAAUUUUACUUUAUACGACAUAAAGAGCAAUAAAGGUACAUGUUAUUUAUGGCAUGAAGGAGAGGCCCAGAGGGGAGCCAAUGAAAUUGGUAGUUGCAUCCUUGACUUCCUACAAAAAAUAUCUGAGGAACGUAAAAGAACUGAUGAUGGGUUAAAUAUUAUAUUUUACUCGGAUAAUUGUGCCGGGCAAAAUAAAAACAAAUUUAUCAUUGCAUUAUACAUGUUUGCCUUAUUUUCGCUAAAUAUUAAAUCUAUAACCCAUAAAUUUUUUAUUACUGGACAUAGCCAAAGUGAGGGCGAUAGCGUCCAUGCAACCAUUGAGAGAGAAAUAAAAAAAUUCAAAAAAUCUAGUCCAAUUUAUGCCCCUGAUCAGUAUGCAUGCAUCAUACGUACCGCAAAAAAAACUGGUACUCCAUACACAGUACAUGAACUUUGCCAUAAUGACUUUAAAGACCUUAAAGGCUUAGCUGCUAAUCUCUUCAUAAACAUGCCAAAGAAUUUAAAACUAUCCGAGAUACGAGUGCUUAAGCUGGACAGAGAAAAUCCAAAUUUUCUAUUUUAUAAGAAUUCCUAUGAGCAACAGGACUUUGAAAGAGCAGAGAUUGUAAAUGCCAGAAAAAAAGUAGACGUUGCAAAAGUGGAACUUAAACCGGCCUAUAUCAGAAAGCCGGGCAUUUCAGAGGCAAAAAAAAAUGGGUUGAUUUCUUUAAUAGAAAAAAAGAAAUGCGUGCCAAUGUUUUACCUAAACCUCUAUAAAAAUUUGUGAAACAAUACCAACAAUAUUUAGAACUUGAAAAAGCCUUAAGAAGUUCAGUUUUUUUUUAAAAUUAUUUUUUUUAUAAACAUUAUGAAUGGAAAUGCUUAUGUUGUACUGUUUAAUAAAUUUAUCAACAAAAUUUCAUAGUAUUUUGAUAUUAUUUCGUAAUCUAACUCAAUUAUUCCCAGAAAUUUAAUGUUGCAUAAUAGCGGAUUUGCAGAAAAAGGCCAAUAUUUUAAAUUCAAGAAAGAUAUAUCUGACGUUUUCUCUUUUAAUUUACAUUAUUAAAACAUUUCAGCCGCACAGUCAUUUAGAGCAGUGAUAGACAUUUAUUUCACCAAAAAAUGGUUACCAUGGUCCAACUAAUAAAAAAGUUCGAGGUAAUUAAAUAACUAAAAAUUUUAAAAUGCUUCUCCUGAAAAAAGACGUUUUUUGAGUUGUAACGCUUUUCUUCUGGAUGCACGACAUGUAUUGCUUGUUUGAGCUUUAAAUCAGAACACUGGAGCAACUUUUCCUGGAUUUUCGAGUCUCGAACACACAAAACUAUUCUGUCCACUAUUAAAGUAUCUUUUUCUUUGAAUUCAC